AGCCUGAUCAGCUUCUUCAUGGUUCCAUAAGUCCUGAUUAGUGGGCCCAGCAAAUGCAGUGCCGUGGAGUGUGUUAAGACACUCCUUUUGGCAGCAGACAAGCCCAAACUUUCUAGGUAGAUGUAGGAUUUCAGCUGACAGGCAGAUGGAGGCUUUAAGGGAUCGCAUCGUUGCUGAGAGUGCAGCUGCUGAAAAUGAGUGUGCCAGUGCAAAUCGGGCAUUGGCAGCUGCAAGGGCCAAGGACGAUGACCUCCGUGCGGAAGUGAAGUGGCGUGUUGCCGAGAAACAAGCAGCAGAACGAGCAGCAGCUGAAGCAGAAUCGCGGCAUGAGCUGGCCUCCUCUGCGCUGAUUCAGGCCGAGAGACACAGCAUGGCUGCCGCAGCUGCUGUAGCUCAAAAACAAGCGCUGCUUGGACAGCUUUGGGACUUCGAGGCUCAAAUCCAGAAGCAGUCACAAGCUGUCCAGGAUGCGAAGUUGGAGGCUCAGCAAGCCGAGGCAAUUGCCAAGGAGAGACAAAGGGAGGUUGAAGCGCUUCUUCAGGAGGUGAAGUCCUUAAAAGCAACGCGUGAACACGAGAGGCUGGCUCUUCAGGAUUUGCAACAGCAAAAUCGGAUGCAUUUAGACAGUUUGAAGGGCUACGAGGAAUUGCGGCUUGAGUUGCAGCUGUGUCGCACCCAGCUUCAAGCCCUGCGGAUGGAAAAAGAAGAUCUAGAGACGCGCCUUCAAAGUGAAGCUCUACGAGCUGAGAGGCAACUCUAUGAGCUCCAAAAGACGCAGGAAGCUGAGGGUGAAGCACGUGAAAGUCUCAAGAGUGCUCAGAUCCAACUCAGUGAGGCUAAAGGCUUGGCAGCUCGCACCGCAACCCGCACCUCCGCACAAAUCGAAACCCUUCAAGAGGCCUUGAAGACUGCUCAAAAUGAAGCAGCUGCUCUCCGUGCUCGCCUGGAGUCUAGGCCAGCCUUAGGCUGCGAAGCUCAAGUGGGAGCACAGAAAGAGCAGUCAGAAGAUCCUCAGUCACAUGUUUGUCAACCUGAUUCUUUUGCUUCAAAGGAAGGGAGUGCAGCAGAACUCUUGCAUCGUCGAUCAGUGGAGGUACGACCGAUUCGUUCCCCCAACCUUGGGACAAAUACUUCGGAAUGUGUACCACCAGUCCAAACCCCAGCCCCAGCCUUGCUCAGGCAAAAUGCGGAUGAUAUGCAAGACAUCGAGAAAGAGCAUGAAGACUUCCCAGAGACACAAGUCGUUCAAGAGCCGCCUGCCAAGCAGUGUGUCUCCGCGGCUGAGCUCAGAUGGAAGGCAGAUGGUCCGAAGGAACAAAAGAAAGGAGACCAGCACCAAGACCAAGCGAGAGUCACAUCUUUGAGACUAACUACAUUGGUUUGUGCCGAGAGGCCUCCUGACAAGCGAAUGGCUUCGGAAGGCAUCCGAGGCCAAGCAGAUCAAAACAAAUAUCAAAGGAAGCGUGUCAAGCGUUCAGGACACGAAGGCCCCCUGGUCCAAGAACGAGCUCCAAAACGCUCACGGGAAGAGGUGGAGCGGCUUGCCCACUCGAUGUUUUCCUCAAAGCCCGCAGCCAAACAGUUGCGCUCCCCUCCAUUGAAAUUGUAUCCUGCACACAUUGAGUAUGUGCUGUCAAAUUGGGAUUCGUAUGCCUCAAAGCGGGUUGCAACUCCAAAGGUGGAUGCUCGAUCUCACAGCCUCAACUUGCAAAAGCGGCUUCUUGUACAGGAUUUCAGCGCCGCUGCACGCAAUGUCCAGCCACGUUGUAUUGUAUCCAAGGCGUGCUAGAAAGAGAUCAGGCGCAAACACG